AUGGAAUCUGUAACCCAAGAAAAGAAAAAGCUUCGGAGUGUCAUCUGUUUCGAAGCGCAAGCACCAAGUGGUUACACCUUCAUUCCUGCAGGCAACCCGCAACUUACUUCAACGUCAAAAGUCAUUGAGUGGCGAGGGGAUGAUGAGAACGGCCAGACGGUCCUAGAGGAUGUUUUCCGUGAGGUGAUCGUUAUUUCAGACGACGAAGAUAGUGAAUCAGAAGAAGAUACGGCUGCUUCAGCAGGUCAUCGAAACGCCAGUGUGGAAAUACUUCCAAGCGAUACUCGGGCCCAAGAGAUCCGGUGUCAGCAUAUCAAUACCAACCCUCUAGGUCCGGAUCUUUCACGGGAACUAUCUGAGGAAGCUCCGCCUGGGUUCCGAUUUGUUACAAGAGCCCCAGCCACAGAGGCCAUCGACCGUCGCGGAUUUAACCGAUACAAAGCAUGGGCGCGCGCUGUCAAGGAAUAUAGAGAGGGUAUACAUGGCACAGUACAACCCAAGUACUCGGGUGCCCAGUCUGAACAGCAAAGCCCACGAUAUGCCGAGCAGCGCAUUACUGCUCAGGAAAUACCCCCUGCUAGGCGGCAAGAUAUAGUCCCCCAGCACACCGAGGUUCAUCGGCGAGUCCUUCCAGGCUCAGCCAGUAAUGAUAACCAAGCACAUCGAACACUCCCUAUUCCACUAAUGGACCGACAGGUGGCCAAAAGACAUGUAGGUGUCCAGGAAAACUAUCUUCACUCGGACGCCAAACAGAAUUACUCAACCCGUGAACUGAACGUCAGGCCAGCUGGACUAACUAAUCAAGAAUCGCCCGAGUUGCAAAUCCUAGAAGAACUCUCUGGACCUAGAAAUUUGAACAUAACUCACUCGCAGGAUGUUCCUCCCUUGAGGAUGGAGCCCAGAUUUCGACAGGAGAGACUGCCUCCUCAGUCGGAUAGGACCAACGCACCUGUGUUCGUCAGCGGACCAAAGGAAAACCGUCAGAAAUUGACCCCAGUGGGACGCCGCCCUGAUUCCGUCAGUUCCCCUCUCCUCAGGCCAGGCUCAAACACACAGGAUUCCGUCAUGCCCUCGAUUGAAAAUCCCAGGCCAUCAGAAAGCCGGCGGACUGACGGUGCGCAUCCUUUGGUAUAUAUGACCAACAAUAUGUCCCUCCGAUCGGUCACACCAGGACGUCCUCAGGGAGAGAUGAUGCAUCAACCCGGUGUCGUGGAUAAGGAAGGUGAAAGCGAACAUGCGAGCAAAAGAAGGCGUUUGGCAUGCCGUGAAGGUUCUCGAACCGAGUCCCGCCCAAAUCCAUGGAGUGCAAGGCCUAUGGGACUCCCCAUUUCCGAAGGAUACGGGCAACCACAGUCGUAUCGCCGUGUGGAGCUUGUCCCAGACCAUCGACCCCAGGAUCAGCCUCAGUUCCGUCGGGACUAUCUGCCAGUGGAACAGCCCCCUGUUGUAGGGCACCAGUGGGGAAGGAACCCGCUUUCUUAUCCCAAUGCACAACAGCAUGGCCUAGAAACAAGGUCAGUCUUGGGUCGACAGCAUGUCAGCGGACCACAUGAGCCCCAGUCUCAGGCUGGACUUUCCAGUCCGAGUAUUGUUGUCUCGGAAGGCGAUCGGACUUUCAGAGCGGCUCCAGCCGUUUCCAAUUCUGGACCGUGGCAUCCUUACCAUGGUGAUCGUAGUCUCCGUUUGGACCGUGUUCCGAAAGAGUCGCGGACCAUUCGGCACCGCAUUGAUGGUCGCCCUUUACCAGAGAACCUCCACUCAGACAGAAACCUGUAUGCCAAUGACUUCGUCCGGCAUAUUGACCACCGUGAGCCCCUUCCACUUGAAUACGCUGCCAAGCGUACAGAACCCGAGGCCAAGCCCAUUGGAGACCCUUCUCCGUCUACCCGGACUAGAAAUCUUGAUUAUGGCACAAAGAAUCUAUCCCAGACCCAGGUUUCGUCGGAUCAACGUGGUCCAUUACCCACCGGACCGCGAGUAGCCUCUUCCCAUGACCACCUUCGCACCUUUUCAGACUCUGUAGGAAAGAUCCAGCCUCGCGUGUCCCCCCCUCAGAUCCCUCGUGAAAGACCGGCCAGUGGCGGGUUCAAAUCCUCACGAUCAUCCUACAACCCUCCCUCUUCCCAGACUACAGAGCAAGAUCGCCCAGUCUACGUUCAAAGGGUUGAACCACGCCCACCCCAUUCCAUCCUUGAUGGAAGACAUUUUGUCAUUGUUGAUUAA